AUGGCUCGUUUAAUCCCUCGUGAAUCUGGAUCAUCUAUUUCAAACGUUGACUCAAUGGCGCUUGCUUCCUCUUCGCCUGUGCCAGAAGUAUCACAAUCGCUGCAGAAUUCGUCAGAUAAUAUCGUUUACUCGAUCGCUGAAAAUAACAGUACUUUAGCUCAAGUUUAUCCAUCUUAUGGCGCAGCAGUUUCGUCUACAAGAUCAUUGCCAAACACUAUGUCGUCGUGGAACGUUAGUUUACCGUCGACUUCGCCGUUCCUGUCUCGUUUGGGUUCGAAUUUAUCGUCUCCUUCUACAUUCCCGACUUCAGAUGCCCGCCAUGUUGGAUUUCAGAGCGUGUCGUUCCCAGGCCCUUCGCAGAGCGCGGUCGGCUAUGGUUAUCCUUCGCCAUCCAUCGCCUGGCGCAAUUACGACGAGGCUGUUCGCCGCGACGCCGCCGCCCGGGGUUUGCCUGAUUGGUCAAACAUGAACGUGGAGCUAUUUAACAUCCACACCGCCGCGGUUCGUGUUCCGCGUUCCCCGAGUCGCGUUUAACAUGCGGAUUCCAGUACCCCUUCGUCGUCCUUUUUUUGCAGGUCCUGGAACAGUGGGCGUUGCACUGCCUUUGGCAGGCAGUGUCGAUAUUGUCAUGGUUGUGAUCGUUUGGCAUGUGGGGGGUCGCAUAGACGUAUUUGUUUGUCCUUUUAACGUCCCUGCGGAAACGACCCAGUCACACACAUAGGACAUCGUAAGCGCGUCUCCUUUUUUCUCAAAACGUUGAUAUUGUUAAUUGUUCUGUUACGUUGUCGAUUCUCCGCUGUAUGAUAUUUAUUCAGCGUGGCGUCGGCCGUGUUGUUCGUGAGCUUCACUCGUCGGCCUCAUUGUUGUUCUGGACUGAUAGAAUUGUCGUGUGGUUAAGUCAAUACAUACAUACCUACAUUUUGUAGUCUAGUCUCUUUAGUCUAUCAUUAACCGAUAAAAUUGUAUUCUAACUCGUUUGUGUUGGAGUGGUUUUUUUUUGUCGGGGGGGGGCUACAUAUCUCUCAUCCUUGAUCUUUUUCUAGGACCUACCCCUCACCCCUUAUCCUCGUUCACGAUCGGCUCUAUUUGCCCUCGCAAUCUCGAAGCCUUUGUGCACGAGCUCUGGGAGUAUCCUAGUCCGGGCAAGGAGUAUGUGCUGGCGGGCAUUCGCGAUGGUUUCCGUGUGGGUUUCGUUCCAGAGCGUGUGGUCCUUUGUCCGUCGCUCCGCAAUCUCACGUCGGCGUCUCAACACCCGGACGUCAUCGACAAAUAUCUCUCGACAGAAGUCGCUUAA